CUUAGAUAAAAAAAAAAGUGUUGUGGUUAUUUAUAGAUGAAAUUUCCCCUCCUCCUCCUCCUCCUCCUCAUCCUCCUCCUGCUCCUGCUCUCUCGGGACUGGAGCAUCCUACCCCAGGUAGAAAUUGACGUCAGAACGUUUUCGCAAAUUGACGUGUAAACAUCCCUUCCCCUUCCCCGAAUCAUUCACUGGUAGCUUUUCCCCGCCUGCUUUCAGUUACUCCUUCUACACUGCCGCAAAAUCGGUCCCUUAGAAUAAAACGGAAUUUAGGCUAAAAAAAAAAGAAAAAAAAGAAGGCAACAAAUAAAUUCUAAGCUAUUUAUUGGACAUUUUAUUUAUUUGUUUGUUUGUUUGUUUAUUUAUUUAUUUAUUUAUUACCUCGGUUGCGUCAUAAAACGGUCGGGAGCGAGUCGACGCACGCCUUCCUUUCUUCUAUUCCUGGUGUUUAAUCUGAGAUGGGAGUGAGAUGUCGGGCUUCGGUGGCGGUGAUGAUGCUGCGCGCGACUCUGGCGGUUCUUCUGUGCGCUGUGUGCGCGCGCUCCCAGCGACAAUACCUGAACGAGUGGGCCGUGGAGGUACCGGGGGGUCUACACGCUGCCCGGACCAUCGCCGACGAGCUCGGUUACGAGUUAGUGCGACAGAUUGGGGCCCUAGAGAACCAUUAUUUAUUCAAACAUCACUAUCAUCCUAGCAGGACCAAAAGAAGUGCAUAUCACAUUACCAAAAGGCUGUCAGAAGAUGACAGGGUGUCUUGGGCAGAGCAGCAGUAUGAAAUGAAACGGAGCAAGCGUGCUCCACUGGGGGGAGAAUGUAAAGACUGUUCUGUGGACAAACUUUUUGAUGACCCCAUGUGGAACCAGCAGUGGUACUUGCAAGACACACGGACAUCGUCGUCGCUGCCGAAGCUGGACCUUCACGUGAUCCCUGUGUGGAAGAAAGGCAUCACUGGUAAAGGCAUUGUCAUCACCGUGCUGGAUGACGGUCUGGAAUGGAACCACACCGACAUCUACCCGAAUUACGAUCCUGAUGCCAGUUAUGAUUUCAAUGACAACGAUCCUGAUCCUUUCCCCAGAUACGACUCCACCAAUGAGAACAAACACGGAACAAGGUGUGCAGGUGAAAUAGCAAUGCAAGCAGACAACAACAAAUGUGGAGUCGGAGUGGCGUACAACUCAAAGGUCGGAGGAAUCCGAAUGUUGGACGGAAUUGUGACCGAUGCCAUCGAGGCGAGCUCUAUAGGGUUUAACCCUGACCACGUUGACAUCUAUAGUGCCAGCUGGGGGCCGAACGACGAUGGAAAAACAGUAGAGGGGCCAGGUCGUCUGGCACAGAAAGCCUUCGAGUAUGGCAUCCAGAAGGGCCGUGGUGGAAAGGGCUCCAUCUUUGUUUGGGCGUCAGGUAACGGUGGGCGUCAGGGUGAUAACUGUGACUGUGAUGGGUAUACGGACAGCAUCUUCACCGUCUCCAUCAGCAGCGCAUCACAGCAGGGUCUCUCGCCCUGGUAUGCUGAGAAAUGUUCAUCCACCCUCGCCACCGCCUACAGCAGUGGAGACUACACUGACCAGAGGAUUACCAGUGCUGAUCUUCACAAUGAAUGCACAGAGACACACACUGGAACAUCUGCUUCUGCUCCACUGGCAGCUGGGAUAUUCGCUCUGGCGUUAGAACAGAAUCCUGAUCUAACAUGGAGGGACCUGCAGCACUUGGUGGUGUGGACGUCCGAGUUCGAUCCUCUAGCGAAUAACCCUGGCUGGAAGAGGAACGGCGCCGGUCUUAUGGUGAACAGCCGCUUCGGAUUCGGCUUGCUCAACGCUAAAGCUCUGGUAGACCUGGCCGAUCCCAAAGUGUGGAAGCAUGUGCCUGAGAAGAAACAAUGCAUUGUGAGAGAUGACACCUUCCAGCCCAGGCCUCUGAAGGCAGCAGGUGAGAUCAGCAUUGAGAUCCCCACUAAAGCAUGCACUGGCCAGACAAACGCUAUUUUCUCAUUAGAGCACGUGCAGGUAGAGGCCAGCAUUGAGUACACCAGGAGAGGAGACCUCCACAUCACGCUUACCUCUCCAUCAGGUACUACUACAGUGCUCUUGGCUGAGAGGGAGAGGGACACUUCCACUAAUGGCUUCAGGAACUGGGCCUUCAUGUCUGUGCACACCUGGGGAGAGAACCCUUCCGGCACCUGGACCCUGAAGAUCACUGACACGUCAGGGCGGAUGGAGAAUGAGGGGCAGAUCCUAAGCUGGAAGCUCAUUCUACACGGGACCUCUGAGAAGCCGGAGCACAUGAAAAAGCCGAGAGUGUACACUUCCUACAAUGCUGUGCAGAACGACCGCAGAGGAGUGGAACACAUGGAGGACAUGCUGGAGGAGGCCGCCCUCUCUCCUAACAAACCAGAGAAGCCCCUGACACCAGCUAAAGUCACAUCUUCUACACCUGACACUGCUUCUGGCCCAGAAGAAAAGCCUGCUUUGUCGCAGUCUUCGUCCUCCCCCAGUUUAGCGCUGCUGCGCCUCCUCCAGUCAGCUUUUAACAGACAGACCCCUGCCAUGUAUCCUCACUCCGUGGCUUCCUUCGGCCGAGCCGAAACUCGAGACAGGAUCCCUAAGAAGAAGUUGCUCGAAGCCAUGGAAUGGCUCAAACAGGACACAGUUCCUGAGAACAACCUGUACAACGACUACAGCGACAACUUCUACAGAGCACAAGCCUAUCGGCACAGAGACGACCGGCUGAUGCAGGCUCUGUUCGACAUGCUUGAAGGAGAGCAGCAGUGAGGUGGUGGAGAGGCGAAAGGAAGGUUAGGGGAAGGUCAGCGGAAUAGGUACGCAGUAAGGUUAUAUAAGGUAAAAUGAUGUAAUGGCAGAAAGUGAGAAGAAGCACAUGGAUAAGUGAAUGAGAGCCAGGCACAGAACGAGAGAUUCACUCUUACACAUCGGUUUGUAGUUUAUUCUCAUCACUCUUUUUCUCAUCUGUAAUCACUCUGAGGCCUCUUUAUGUUUCGUGUAUCUCAGUCCCAUCUACUGUGCUGUGCACAUGACCGGUUCUCAUUCCUCGUCAUAUACUGCUGCAUUCACAUCAACUCGGAAAAAGAUGAAAACCUCAUAUUGCGUCUAAAAAAUCUUAAAAUUAAAAUAUUAUCGUAGAUUUUAUGACACAUACAGUGCCUUGCAUACGUAUUCACCCCCCCCUUAACCAUUUCCACAUUUUAAUGGGUUACAAAGUGAAACUCACCGUGAUGCUGCCACCACCAUGCUUCACUGUAGAGAUGUUGUCCAGGGUGAUGAGCAGAGUUGUGCCAAGGUAGCUCUUUAUACCAGAAUGCCCUUUCCCACAUUUGCAGAGUCUCCAAUAUGCCUUUUGGUAAAGUCCAAGUAGGAUUUCACGUGGCUUGCCACUCUUCCAUAAAGCCGAGCUUUCACUUGCUUCCGGGUUAUAGUUGCCAUGUGAACAGCUGAUAUUUGGUGGAGGGCUUCCACUAUGUAGAGUCGUGCUUAAAUAAAUAUAAAUAUAUUUAAAGGUGUUCUGCAGAAUGUUUCAGAUAUAUUUUAUAACCCAACCCUGACUGAUACUUUUCCAGAACUUUGACCCAGACUUGUUUUGAUAAGGUCCGUGGUCUUCAUGAUGCUGUUUGUCUAGGUAUGUUCGUGAAUAAACUCCAGGAACAGGUGUAUUUAUAUUGAGAUCACAUGACACUUGCAUUACUUAUGUGAGUUCUGGUGGCAACAGUUUUUUUUCUCCCCAAUUUCCGACCCACUAGCCAAAACUCCCCUAUCACAUCGCAGCUACCAAUUGUGGAGGGUUGGGCAAAAACGUGCUUCCUCUGAGCCAUGUGAAGCCAACCUCCAUAUCAUUUCAAACUGCUGCUCAUGCUGCAUCACAGGGCAGCAUAACGCACUCAGAGAAAAGAGAUAUCUGCCCUCUUCCACAUACAUGAGCUCACAGAUGCCCACGAUUGUGAUAGGGAGAGAGAAUAAUGCAAUCCCUCCCACCCUCAGAGCGUAGCAAAUUUUGCUCUCUUUCAGUCCUGGCUAUGGUUGGCUGUGGCAUCGAAAUCAAGAUCCCCUGACAAUAGCGUGAACACUUUUCAGUUUAGGAGCCACUCAUGGCAACUGGCUGUACGAGAACUAAUUUCAGGGUUUCACAACAAUGGGGGUGAAUACUUAUGCAAUAAUACGUUUGACUUUCUUUAUUAGUUCGACGUGACAAGCUGAAAACUCUAACCCACAGUAAUUCCGACAUGACGUGAAUGUCGUAAUUGCCUACAGCUGGAUGUACGGUGCUCCUUUAACACGCUGUUUUACUUCCUGUCAUGUGACCUGUGCCCCGUGACCAUGUCCUCUCUCAUUCCGGGCCCUCACUGCCCUACCGCUGCUUACAUUAUGCUGCUUUCACUGCCAGCCCUUUCUGCAUGCGCUACUUCAAUGAAAGAUUUUCUUUACAACCUAAUCAUAUAGUAUUCUAUUUAAUAUGCAAACGUGAUUAUAAAGAUGUGUUGUAAAUCUAUUCAAAAAUCUGUUUUAUUUCCACAAAUUAUUAAGGAAAAAAAACACCUUAAAGCCUACACAGAUGUGCAUAUAAUUAACAAGAAACUCGUUAGAUUCUUUAUACAGGGUAGAUCAUGUUUAUAAUUAUUAUUAGUUCAUUAUUUGGAUAUACCAGAGUUCAUCCGUCAUUCCGGUUCCGGUCCGCACUUUAUAAACGAAACGAUCAUUAAAAUGUUUAAUUUUCCAAGGCCACAUGGGUGAACGGUUUGGAAAAUCCUUAAAGGAUUGAACUAUAUAAAAGAGUUGUUAGACUACCAUGGCCUAUGUAGGGGACUCAGCUUAUUUUGUAUAUUCAACAGUUCAUAAUAUGAAAUAAAGAUUUAUUUUUCUAUGGAUUCCUAGUAAUUUAUGCAAAUGAAUAGGAAAAAAAAAACUAUCUAUUGAAUCCUGCUAUACCUUGACAUCAUCAUAUCUCAUAUAACAACCCGCUCUUAUUGCAGGUAGUUUUGUGUUACGUGUGAAUCAUUUCAGAACUAUACACGAAUAAAUCCAGCGUAUUUAUUGUAAUAAAGACCUGAAAGCUAUUGUCUGUUAUUGAUGUUAGUAAAACAAGUUUGAACGCUGCAAUGUCGGCUCGUCAUGAUGCUCAGUUAAAUAUAUUCAUGAGGCAAACGCAUUAACUCUUAUGUUUACAGCAGGAGUGUACCUCAAAAGCCUGGUUUCAAUUACGUUUGCCUGGUUCUGUGAUUGUAGCCCCGCCCCACUUCUCUGCCAGCUCUGAGAAAAUGUAAAAAUCAGAUAAGAGAAUAUCAAGAUGGAAAGAGAGGGAAUGAAGAACGUUCACACACAUCCUGUAAUUUAUUCAUUUUUCAGUGUAGUCAGUGUUUAUAUAUGUUGAUUGAUUAAAGAUGUUUACAAAAGCCAAUAUAGUUUCAAUUAUGUAUGAAUAUUAUAAUAUAUGGUUUUUCAUCAUAAUAAACUGUAAAGUUAUCUUGCAA